GAUUUGAAAAAAAUUAAAGAUUCGAUAGGAUUUGAAAGAACGAUGGCUCGUUUGAAUUCAUAUUAUACGCUGUGCCCGCUAAUUGAUCAACAGAAUUUGCUUGGUGUAGAAGCAGAUUCGAAUCCUGGUUGUGCAAUUGUUACACUUGGUAGAAAUAUCGUAAUAAGAUAUAAGCUUCAAAGCCUGAAACAAGUUAGCAGUUGGUCUAGUAAAGAGCGUUUAACUACUAAAGUUAUUUUUGAUGAAACGUCAAAGAAUUAUGUUGCAGCUUUUAAUGGAAAAAGUAUUAGAAUUUGGCAAGAAAAUGAAACGAGUUUGGACAAUGUUAAGAAAUACAAAGUCUUAUCGUCUAUUCAUACAAUUCUUACUUUGAAAAAUGUUCCACCUAUUUUAGUUAUGCAAAAUGGUGCUACCGUGUCUCUAAAAUGGGCCCUUGAAAACAGAAAAACAUGGAAUAGUCCUGGGAUUUUAGAAUCCGAUGAAAAAAUAUUAAACUGCCAAUUAGUUUCUGUAAAAGAUAAAAUAUAUUUGUGCGCCCUCGUAAAAUUAGCCCAAGUCACUAGUUAUAUCGUUGUUCCAUUAAAAAAUGAAAAUUAUAUACAAGAAUCGGAUCAAAUAGUUAGAAUAGAAUUGAAAAGGGCCUCUGAAAGUUUGGUUGGUCAUGUUGUUAUGCAAGAUGAAAACAAUGCUUAUUUAUUAACGCUGUGGUCGCAUGGAAGAUUGUAUAAUUAUCCAUUAAUUAAUUCGUCUAUGGAUUCUAUUCCUGGCUCACUCAUCAGCGUAAUUACAUCUGUCAAUACAAAAUAUCCAGUUGUGAUGGUUGCCUUAAACGAAAGUACCAUAGCUGCUUAUGGCGCAGAUGCUUAUGAAGAAGGAGCUGUUCUACUCAUCUAUAAUGUACAAUUUAAAUUGGUUCAAGCAGUUCAAAAGUUAAAAUUGUUUACUAGCGAUGCUAAACUUUGGAAAAUUGAAGACAAACUAUUACUUGCAGCCAACAGGCAUUUAGCGAUAGCACCUUAUUAUUUAGCGGAACAAAGAAUAGAAGCAAUGCUUGGCUCAACAUUGCAUUUUAAAAAUCAAAAUUUUAAGGAAGAUAAUGAGAUUGUUGUGAUUCAAGAGUCAACGAUAGCAGAUUGGGGAACAUCUGUAUCAAAUAAAAUAAAUCAUGUGUCUUUAAGUAAUUUAGCUAGUGACGUUGCCACUCAAGUUUCGAAUUUUCUACGCGAAGGAAUGAGCGAUGCCAUAAUACAUCGUAAUUUAAUACCAAAAUUAAUAGAAAAUAAAGAUAUUGCAUCUAUUAUUUGGUGUUUAGAUAAUUUAAAAGACUUACCUGAAGAUUUAUUGAUUCAGGUAUUAGGAUUUUGCUUAAGAUCAUCGUGUGAUUCAGAAGUUCCUACACAAAAUGGAUUUAUGGAAAAUUCACAGAAAGAAUUUUUAAACAAAAUUCUCAGUAUUUGUUAUACGGAUGUUUCCCUUAUCUCGCAUCUUAGAAUUGGAUUAAAUUUCGACGAAAUUUUAAAAUUAUUAAAUUAUUUGAUCAAUAAGCUUAAUGACGAAAGUUCUGUAAUUAAUAAUCAUACUUUCGAAUUUGAAUACAAAUUAAAUAGUCAGUUAUACGAAUGGACUAAGCUUUUGAUAGACUCACAUUAUCAGCAUUAUUUAUUAUCUCGUGACAUACAAGUUUUAAAACUUUUUGAUAAACUGAACGAAGCACUCGAAAUUCAUCUCCAACUAAUAAGAGAUUUAGAAAAUCUUAGGCCAAUGAUUAAGAGGUUAAUGAGUGGGAAAUUGCUAAAAUCUACCCCAAAUGAUAUCAACAGAUUUUAUUCUAUUGAAGAAAUAAAAUUCUAUUAAAUAAAAAUAAACCA